AUGAGGGUGUCAUGGAAAGGGAUUUACUUCAUACUCACUCUGUUUUGGGGAAGCUUUUUUGGAAGCAUCUUCAUGCUGGGUCCCUUUUUGCCUUUGAUGUUUAUAAGCCCAUCCUGGUAUCGCUGGAUCAACAACCGCCUUGUGGCAACCUGGCUCACACUUCCAGUGGCAUUGCUGGAAACCUUAUUUGGUCUAAAAGUGAUUUUAACAGGUGAUGCAUUUGUUCCUGGAGAAAGAAGUGUUAUUAUCAUGAAUCAUCGGACAAGAAUGGACUGGAUGUUCCUGUGGAAUUGUAUGAUGAGAUACAGCUAUCUCAGGUUGGGGAAGGUGUGCCUCAAAGCCAGUCUCAAAAGUAUUCCUGGAUUCGGUUGGGCCAUGCAAGCUGCUGCCUAUAUCUUCAUUCAUAGGAAAUGGAAGGAUGACAAGAGCCAUUUUGAAGACAUACUUGAUUAUUUUUGUGAUAUCCGCGAACCACUUCAACUUCUCAUAUUCCCAGAAGGGACUGAUCUCACAGAAAACAGCAAGGCCCGAAGUAAUGAAUUUGCUGAUAAGAAUGGACUUCAGAAAUAUGAAUAUGUCUUACAUCCAAGAACUACAGGCUUUACUUUUGUAGUAGACCGUCUAAGAGAAGGGAAGAACCUCGACGCUGUCCACGACAUCACAGUGGCGUACCCUCACAACAUCCCUCAGACGGAGAAGCACAUCCUGGAGGGGGACUUCCCCAAAGAGAUCCACUUUCACGUGCACCGCUACCCAGUAGAUGCCCUGCCCACGUCCAAGGAGGACCUGGAGCUCUGGUGCCACAAGCGGUGGGAGGAGAAGGAGGAGAGGCUGCGCUCCUUCUACCAAGGGGAGAGGGAUUUCCGCCUCACCGGGCAGCCUGUCGUCCCUCCGUGCAAGUCAGAGCUCAGGGUCCUCGUGGUCAAAUUUCUCUCUAUACUGUAUUGGGUCCUGUUCAGCCCUGCCAUGUGCCUACUCAUAUAUUUGUACAGUCUUGUUCGGUGGUAUUUUAUAAUCACCAUUGUCAUCUUUGUAGUGCAAGAGAGAAUAUUUGGUGGGCUGGAGUUCAUGGAACUUGCAUGCUACCGUUAUUUACACAAACAGUCACAUUCAAAUGCAAGGAAAGAAGAGUAA